AUGAUUGAGUUACAUUCCUCAACGCAUCGAGUCUUCGUUACGGCUGUUGUAUUCAUCGUUUUGACAUCUACAGUGAUUACAUUGCGAAUCGUCGCUCGUGUAAAGGCCCGACAAUUCUCAUACCUUUCCGAUGGCCUGUGCUUUAUUUCUUUCCUCCUGUUCUGCGCCUAUGCAGGGGUGAUGGUUCACUAUGUUUUCGACAUUGCGGGAACGGAUCCUUUUAUGCCCAAGGGACCUCCGAAGCUCAUCGAGUUUCUUAAGAUAUUGUACGUGGAGCAGGUCCUCUUCACAUUCAGUAUUUCGAUAGUGAAGCUCAGCAUCUUGUCGUUUUAUUGGAGCCUCUUUGGAGUCGAAAAAAAGAUGAAAGUUACCAUCUUAUCCAUCACAACAGCAUGCAUUCUGUGGUGGAUUAUAUUCACCUUUCUGGCCGCCUUCAGGUGUCGCCCACCGACCAACGCAUGGAAACCGGCAGCCCCUCCCGGCAGUUGUACCCCAGCUCCCGAUAUUUUUCUCCCACUGGAGUCAACCAACUUGGUGCUGGAUAUUCUAGUUCUAUGUGUUCCCGUCUUCACUAUCGGGAAACUCAACCUCUCCACGAAAAAGAAGGUAUCAGUUAUUGGAAUAUUCUUAGUCGGAGUUUCAGUCUGCGUGGCCAGCGUUGCGCGUAUCGUUGGUAUUACGAAAAAGAUAAAAGUUAAACUAAUCCGGCUUAUUGAAGGUGACCAUGCUGGGAUGUUCUUCUGGUCCUGCAUGCAACUUGGAUUGGCUAUCGUCUGUAGCUGCUUGCCAUUGCUCAGCGCCCUCUUGAAGCACAAGAAGAAGCUUAGCUCUUACCCAAGAAGCAGCGAGUAUAAUUCUUUUCGCAGUAGAACGGGCCACACAUCUGCGUAUAGGAUUACAGAAAAUACGAGUCGAGCAGCGGAUGGUCCUUGGGUUGACUCGGCAGAAUUGCAGGGAAAAUAUGCGACACAAAUCUCAGCGGGAAGCGACAAAUCUCACGGAGCAGAAUAUGGACUGGAGCCAUUGCCACCAAACAACAUCAGGGUUAAGAAAGAGAUAUCAGUUGAUCAGUGUUAA